CGGAAGAGCCCGCAGCCCGGGCGCUGCUGCUGGCGCCAGACGGCUCGCCGGCGGCUGGUGGAGCGCGGGCAGCGAGAUGCAGCCCCAGGACAGCGCCGGGGCCGCGGAGCUGGAGGAGCCCGGGCUGCCGCUGACGGACGAUGCACUCCAGGGCGUCAGUGAGGAGUCGGCGGCCGCCGAGGCAGCGGGGGCGCCAGACCGCGGCAGGUGCUGGCUCUGCCGUUCCUCGCCGUGUUGCUCGCGCGCGGAGCCGGAAGCCAAGAAGAAAGCACCCUGUCCUGGACUUGGCUUGUUUUACACAUUAUUGUCUGCCUUCCUUUUCUCAGUGAGCUCUUUAUUUGUUAAAAAAGUGCAAGACGUCCAUGCUGUAGAGAUUAGUGCAUUUCGAUGUGUGUUCCAAAUGCUAGUUGUUAUCCCUUGCUUAAUAUACAGAAAAACUGGGUUUAUAGGCCCAAAAGGUCAACGAAUUUUCCUCAUUCUCAGAGGAGUCCUUGGUUCUACCGCCAUGAUCCUUAUAUACUAUGCUUUCCAGACAAUGUCCCUCGCUGAUGGCACAGUUAUCACGUUUAGCAGUCCAGUGUUUACGUCCAUAUUUGCUUGGAUAUUUCUCAAGGAAAAAUAUAGCCCUUGGGAUGCUCUUUUCACCGUGUUCACAAUCACCGGAGUGAUCCUUAUCGUGAGACCACCAUUUUUGUUUGGUUCCAACACUUCGGGGAUCGAAGAAAGCUAUUCAGUCCACCUUAAGGGAACGUUCGCAGCAAUUGGAAAUGCCGUAUUUGCUGCAUUGACUCUAGUUAUCCUAAGAAAAAUGGGAAAAUCUGUGGACUGCUUUCUGAGCAUUUGGUAUUAUGUAGUACUUGGCCUCUUUGAAAGCGUCAUCGUCCUCUUUAUAUUAGGAGAGUGGAGUCUGCCUUACUGUGGGUUGGACAGGCUAUUUCUCAUACUCAUUGGGCUCUUUGGUUUGGGGGGUCAGGUAUUUCUCACGAAAGCACUUCAAAUAGAAAAAGCAGGGCCGGUAGCAAUAAUGAGGACAAUGGAUGUGGUGUUUGCUUUUAUCUUUCAGAUUAUUUUCUUUAAUAAUUUGCCAACAUGGUGGACAGUGGGGGGUGCUCUCUGCGUAGUAGCCAGUAAUGCUGGAGCAGCCAUUCGUAAAUGGUACCAAAGUUCCAAAUGAAGCAUCAUUUCCAAAAUACAUAUUUUUUUUCAAGUACACCAUCACCUAAUUCACAUACAGCAUGCACACACAUCUAGAAAAUCUGCAUUUGCUUCAUUGGUUAUAGCUAAUGAAUUUCAUAAAGUACCAUUUUUGAAUAUAGUAUGUCUUUAAGAAUAGCUAGUCUGGUCUAACAAUUUUUUGGUAGCUUUGGUUUUGUUUUUUGUUGUUGUUGUUGUUGUUGGGGUCAAGUUGGUUAGAGGAGAGCUCAUUGAAGAAAAACCAAAAUAUUUUAUGACUAGUAAUAUGACAUGUAAUUUUUAAAAUGUAUUUUUGGUACUGAUGGGAUAUGGGUGGGGAGGCUAUUUUAGAUAUUCUUUUAGCAGUGUAGAGCCUAAGAAACUUGGUUCUACCACCGUGAUCCUUAUGUACUAUGCCUUCCAGACAAUUGAUAAUGCUGCUAUAAUUAGUAUUAUGUUGAUAAUUAAUUUGCAACCUUAUUCUAUUUAGGAGGACAAAGUUGAAGCUUAGAAUAGGUGCCUACUUAAUGGUGUUAAUAAUACAAAUGAAUUGGCCUUAUUUUCAAGACUUUUAUAAAUGAUUAUCAUACUUGUAACUCAUAUUUGUGCCUUUUCAUUUUAAUGCUGGAAUAUUUAUUAUGUCACCUCUAAAACACUUAACUUGCCAAAUUUGGCUAGUAGUUUUCCGUUUCUGUGGCAUUAGCAACUGCAGGUAGCAUUCUAUAAUUUUAAUUGUCUUCAGUUUUUUUGAAACUGCACUAAAUUUUUCUUAACAUUCCAAGAUUUCAGAUCUUUAAAUCACAAAAAGAAAUCUUGGCAUGACCAGUGUGCACAUUUCCAUCCUGAAGUGUUUUCUCUUCACUAGAAAUGUGAUUUUCUAUAUAUUCCUCUUGGAUUUAUAGUGUGAUGCCAAAUAAAAUUUUCUCAGGAUCUUAUUAGGUUGAACCACAUGGAAUUGCCAAGAUUUUACUAUUUGAACUUAGAAAAACCAUAGUUUCAUAUGGUUCACCCUAAUAGAUACCUCUCUUAUUCUCUAAAUGAAAUAGAAGACUUUGGAGUAUAUGUUUUUAAAGUAAUUUUUUAAAGUACGGUAAUGCUAUUAAACUUAUUUUUAUAGUUAUGAAAUUAUAUGUAAUGCUUUAUGUUAUACAUUAAAUGUAAAGACCUGUGAAUCCAUGUUUGACUUUCAUAGUUUUCUACAUAGAAAUAAAAUCACCAUAAAUUCUAGUAUAUCAGUAUGAUGUUAAAUGUCAGUGCCAUACCAUGAUGCUGCACCAUGAUACUAACGUCAUGAAUUCAGACAGCACAUUUUACAUCUGGAACUUCAUCAGACCGACACUUUGCAGUUAGAGAGAAUUUAAUAUCUAGAAAAGCUUGGGAGGUUUAUCAGGACUUAGGGAGUACACGUAAAUGAUUCUUUGUUGUAACGAGCCCUUUAUUGGUGAGGUUGCAAUAGCCUUCAGCUUUUAUUGUGUCAGAUGAAGCAUCUCAUUAUCUUAAGCCUGCAUAGUUGAAAGGUUAUAGGCUCUUUCCUACCCUCUCAUCAUAAUUUUUCCAAAGCAAAGAGGAACUUGGCUUCUGGGAUUCAUGCCUUGGUGAGAAAAUCUUUUCCAAUAGUUCCAAUGGGGGAAUUUUUGGCCUGCUGAUUUUAUCAAUUGUCUUGACACCUUACAGAUCCUAAAUGAAGUCUAUAUAGGUGAGUCAUCUCUAUUCCACCUAAUUUAUGGUAUUGGAAUUAGAUAUUUGCAGAAACAUCAUUCUGCAGUAUCUUAGAUAAUUAUAGAAUCAGGAGCAGUUUAGAACUCAGAGGUCUCAGAAAUCAUCACAUAGGGGUCGUGCUCCUUAGAUAGGGAUGAUAAGGAGGAGACCUGCCCAAAUUGAAUUUCCACGGCCUUCCUCUCUUAGUUGCAUGAUAAAGUAUGGACAGUAAACCACUACUUGAGCCACCUAAGGUGAAUUAACUCUCAGGGAACCCUCUCCCAGUUCUUUACCUUGCACAAUGAAAGAACCAAUGGUAUCUAGAAAGUUAAAUCCCUUUAGGCCCAUCCACUAGAGACAUGUUUUAUUUCAACAAUGUGGUUUAAGUACUUGAAUGUCAAACUAUAUGAUUGAGGUUAGAGAAUGUGUUUCUUCUAGCUCCUACGGGGGUAUGAUUCCUAAACAUAGUGUCCAAGGUGUAUACAAGGAUAUGUAUUGUAACAACUAUGGUUGUUUAUAUUUCGCAGAGUGUAGUUUCUAUAUCUUGAAAAGGAAAAUAUUUUCAUAAAUUGUUUUUAUUCUAUAAGUACUAAUAAAAUAAUAUGAAAGAAA